AAGGUAUCAGUUUGACUCGAAUCCCACUCUGUUCUUUUUUUUUUUUUAAUCUCCAAUCUCCGGUCUCUGCCCUUUUCCGCUUUUAUGCUUUCCUCGCCAUCGUUUGUUCUUCUUCUUUAACGAUCCAAUCGAAUCUGUAUUGUGUAUAUAUCUUUCCUUGCUAUGGUGGUCUUCUGUUCUUAGUGCAAUGGCCGUGGAGCUGAUGAUGGGAUGUGGUGGGGGCGAUGGUUUUUCGGGGAAGAUUGAAGAGGACGCUCUUGCUGUGAAGGAAGCUGCGUCUGCUGGGAUUCAGAGCGUCGAGAAGCUGAUGAGAUUGAUUUCUCAAGAACAAUACCAACAGGGGCAAGCAACAGCUGAUUCGACCAGUACUAGUAACAAAACAUCCAUGGAGCUGGGGGCUGUCGCGGAUGUCACGGUGGACAAGUUCCAGAAGGUGAUAUCUUUACUGGAUAGAAGAAGAAUAGGCCACGCUCGGUUCCGAAGGGCUCCUGUUUCUCUUGCUUCUGCUUCUGAUUUAUCAGUACAGCUGAACGAAGAAACAGAGCACCCGCAGUCUCAGCAUCUGAAAACAGAGCCUGUUUCUGCUUUUAAGGUUUACUGUCCCACUCCUACACCGAUUGUUCGCCUACCUCUGCCGAAUAAUCACUCCCAUUUGCCCCCACAUAUGGGGGCAAAGAAUAUUGGGUCCGUGGAGAGGAAGGAUGCGGUUGCAAGUAUCACAUUCUCGCCAUCACCGCCGAUUUCUGCUGCGAAUUCUUUCGUGUCGACUUUGACAGGGGAUACUGAGAGCUUGCAGCCUUCCUUGUCGUCCGGGUUCCAUAUUACCCACAUGUCUCAGGUGUCGUCUGCGGGAAAGCCACCUCUGUCUUCCUGCUCCUUGAAGAGGAGGUGUAACUCCAUGGACGAUGCGGCCGUUCUCAAGUGUGGUUCAUCUCCUGCGCGUUGCCACUGUUCCAAGAAAAGGAAAUCCAAAGUGAAGAGAGUGAUCAGAGUCCCUGCAAUUAGCCCAAAGAUGGCGGAUAUUCCACCUGAUGAUUAUUCCUGGAGGAAAUACGGCCAGAAACCCAUUAAAGGUUCUCCCCAUCCAAGGGGAUAUUACAAGUGUAGUAGCUUGAGGGGCUGCCCUGCGCGCAAACAUGUGGAGCGUGCUCUGGAUGAUCCAACGAUGUUGGUUGUGACCUACGAGGGUGAACACAAUCACUCCAACUCUCUCACGGAGGCAACUGCAGCUCAUGUCCUGGAAUCAUCCUAGCCUCACUGGCCCAAAGUCUCAAGAUCUAGAGCAGAUUUUGGGGUGGGUUUACAUAUUUUCAAACGCAGAGGCCUGCAUUUGUGUAAUUGUCUAGAAGAAGGAGAAGAUUAGUGGGUUAUAUGCUAUAGCUACCUAAUACAAAAUGGAAUUCUUUUGUUUUCUUCCUUCCCUUAAGCCGUUGAAAGACUUUUGUUUGGGUGAUGAAAAGAGUAGGAAAGCGUAAGGAUAGUGGAUUUUGUGAUAGUUUAUCCGUUA